AUGGUGAGUGCUACGACGUCCCUGCUCCCAGAGAUCCCAACUUCCCCCGUCGCACAUUGGAACAUGGAGGUGUACGCCGUUGUGGCGAUCGCGGCCGUCGCGUCGUGGCUCGUGUUUUACUACUUUACGGAAGAAGCGAGCAAGAUUCGACUCGUGUUCAACGAAAGCUCCAAGCUCAACCAGUUCAUCUCCACCAACUGCGCCACGCUUCAGUCUGCGUACCAUCCGCCUUGGUGGGCCAUGAGCGCGCACGUCCAAGUGCUGUUGACAGUCGUGUGGCCCCAAGCCAUGGUCGAAUACUCGCGAGAAAUGCUUCAUCUGCAAGACGGUGGUCAUGUUGCCGUUGACUGGUGCAAAGGAACAGCGCAUUUGGCGGAAGACGCGCCCAUUGUGUUGGUGCUCCAUGGCUUGACUGGUUGCAGCGAUGGCUAUCGCUCGUUCUGCGCCGACGCCCUUCAAGCGGGGUACCGCCCCGUGGUGUUCAACAAGCGCGGGCACGGAGGCUCGACCUUGGCCGUUCCCCUGCUCCAAGCGUUUGGGUGUGUCAAGGAUAUGAAGGAGGUGAUCCAUCACAUCCAGCGCCUCUUUCCGGCUUCGUCUAUCGUCGGCGUGGGGUUUUCCGCUGGCUCGGGGCUGCUGUGUUCGUACUUGGGCGAAACCGGCAAGGACUCCAAGCUCAAAGCAGGCGUGUUCGUUUCCCCAGGGUACGAUUCCAUGGAAUUGUUUUGCAACGGCGGCAUCAACGCCCCGUACAACUCCAUCUUGACAUUCGCCCUCAAGAAAUUCCUUCGGCAACACGAAGACUCACUAGCGUCUACCAUUGACUAUGCCGCCGCCAUGAAAUCUCGGUCCGUGGCCGAAUUCGAUCGACAUGUGUACAUGACGCUGCACGGGUACAAAGACCUGGCGUCCUACUGGAAGCACAACAACCCCAUGCGCUCCGUGGAGAACAUCGCUGUGCCAGUGCUAUGCAUCAAUGCCAAGGACGACCCCGUGUGUCCCUUCGGCCAGAUCAACUGGUCCAUCUUUGACAUCAACCCGAACUCGCUUCUGGCGCUCACAACCUACGGCAGCCACUGCGGGUUCUACGAGCACACGACGGGGUUGCAGCUCAAGUCGUGGGCGUCCAAAGCGUCGCUCGAUUACCUCAGCACCGCGCUGCGAUUCAUCGACUUGGCCCCGUCUACUUGAUCUCGCCCCCCCGCUCCAGUGCAAAUCAAGCCAAAGAUAACGUUUAUGAUGAUAUAUACAGUACAUGAAUAAAAUGCAACGACACUCCC